UUAGAAUGGAAGGAGCGAGAGAACAACCUCCAUCAGACUUCAUCGAACCUUCUGUCUAAAAGAUCCAGCCAGGGUAAUACUCUUUUCUUAACAAGCUACUAUCAAUCUCAUCAACAAUAUGGAUACAACGAAGGAUCCAGCACCAGCCGGUGUCUCUGUCGAAACAAAUGCGUUGAACGCCUUUGAGGUAGUGGAUACCGACGAGCUGCGUCUGGCUCAGAUGGGUCACAGGCAAGAAUUGAAGCGGCAUUUCUCCGUGUGGAGCUUGAUUGGUCUCGCUGCCAACUGCACAAUCUCUUGGACUGGUCUUGGACUCGGGCUUAGUACUGCCAUUAAUGCUGGUGGCCCCGGAGCAUUGAUCUACGGGUUUAUUUUAGUUUUUAUUCUUCAAUCAUUCCUUGCCGCGUCACUUGCAGAGUUUGUCUCCGCAUACCCUGUUGAAGGUGGGAUGUAUCACUGGAUCGCUGCAAUUGCGCCAAAGCAGUACAGCAGUUUCUUGAGCUUUGCUACGGGAUGGAGUACGGUAUUUGGAUGGAUUUUCACCACUGCCUCCACAAACCUGAUAUACGCCACCAACUUUAUGGCAUUGAUCGCACUUUACAAGGACGACGGCUGGGCGAUGAAACCAUGGAUGACUUUCAUAGCCUAUCAGCUUCUCAACUUGGUCACAGGUGGGAUUGUAAUGCUGGGGAAUCGAUUCGUUCCUCUUAUCAAUAAGUUCUCUUUGUUUUAUCUUCAACUAGCCUGGUUAGCUGUCAUGGUCACCGUUGUUGCCACAGCUCCUAUACAUAACAGCAACGAAUUCGUCUUCCGAACUUGGAUCAACAAGACAGGGUGGAAGAGCAACACCAUCUGUUUCAUUACUGGACUAGUGAACCCCUUAUAUUCAUUGGGAGGCUUGGAUGGAAUCACGCAUAUCACCGAAGAGAUGCCAAAUCCUGAACGUAAUGCACCACUAGCUCUGGCCUGCAGCCUCGCCAUUGCUUUCAUCACCGGUUUGUCGUAUUUAUUGAGCCUUAUGUAUUCAGUUCAAGAUUAUGCUGGCUUGACAAAGACAUCUACUGGUCUUCCGUUAUCAGAGCUCUUCUUGCAGGCAACCCAGAACCGGGGUGGCGCUUUUGCAUUGACUUUUAUACUCUGGGUUGCCAUUGGACCAUGCAUGAUUGGCUCGCAACUCAGUACUGGACGAAUCGUCUGGGCUUUCGCCAGAGAUAAAGGUCUUCCAUUGUCGGCGCUUUUGGCGAGAGUCAACACACGGUUCGGCUGUCCUUUCAAUGCCCAACUUUGUGUGACUCUGACUGUUGCUCUGCUUGGUUGUCUCUACCUCGGGUCCAGUACCGCAUUCAAUGCGAUGAUGAGUUCAGCAGUGACAAUAAACAACAUUGCAUAUCUUGCCCCCCUCUUGACGAAUGUUAUUCUUGGCCGGAGAACGAUGCACCGAGGACACUUUUGCAUGGGCACGGUUGUUGGGAUGGGCAUCAAUAUUGUCACCGUAACGUGGCUCGCGUUCGCUAUUAUCUUCUUCUCGUUUCCAUACUACAUGCCUGCCACCGCCGUAAACAUGAAUUACACAUGCGUUUGUGUUGGCGGCGUCCUCGUCAUUCAACUACUAUGGUGGUUUAUUGGCGGAGGGAAAUACUCCAGAACCAUGCAGAAAGCGCGAGAAGAGGAGGAAAAUACUGCCCACAUGAUGAUUGCCGAUCAAUCGGACAAGAACUGAUUGAUGGUGACCGAUUCAUUUUAUUCGAUAUCCUUGUGAUAGCAUUCUUAAGAAUGAUAAGGAAACCAUGAAGUUGGCUUGGGAUUCGCAGGGGCUGUAAAACAUCGUCUGGUUCAAUUUGAAUUCGCCUACCGAAAAUGACAUAUAUACUUUGAAGGAAUUGGACAAAUUGCUGGUGUGUGUGUGUGUGUGCGAAUGCAGAAUGCGAGGGCUAAGAAUGGCCAGGUACUUCAGGAAGGCUUGGACUAGCUAAAAUACAAAGGAUAUCAGUCGCUGAUUG